CCUGCUGAAUCUUUGACCGGUCGGACGUGUGGCCAUGGCGACGAAGGGAAAGCUCAGCUCCCCACAGGAGUCGCUGCAGCAACCCUCGACCUUGAUCUCCACGCAGCUGCCGUCCACGCGCUCGGGAGAUCGCUCCUCCCUGGAUGCCUUGAGUUUCAAUGUCUCUGAACGAAGGUAUGUCUCUGCCUCCGGGGGCGGUGCACAGGUUGGAGGAGGUUCCUACAACGUCUACUUCGAAGAUCACUUGUCACGACUACACGCUGACAUCGAGUUGACGACUCGAAAGUUGGAAUUGGAACAGCGACGCUUAGCCCGGCUGGACAAGGACCUACUUGCGGCAGAGUCCGAGUACACGCAGAAGCGGCAGAAGUACAAAGUGCUUCAAAGUUCCCAGGAAGACGCUCAAGCGCAACGACACAAGGACUUGCUGCAGCUGGAGAGGCAGUUGGACUUGGCCAUUGGAGGUUUCAAUAAGCUGAAUGCCCACAAUGAUGGGCUUCGCACGCAGAUCGACCAGCUGCGCAAGGAACGGCAGCUGCUGGAUCAAGUCUUUAGGAAGAUGGAGAAUGCCAUCCGCACCAGUCGUCGAGCCAUUGAGGAAGCAAAUGUUGAGAUCACCAGCAACAGGUCGGAACAUGACAAGAUGCAGCAGCGAUGUCAAGCGCUGGGUAAAGCCUUGGAAAGGGAGAGGAAGAACUUCCACAAACAAACCGAGGAGCUGAAGAAGCAAAUCAACGAGCAAAAUAAGAAGGCUCGUGAGCAAGAACUUCUGAGUCGAGCUGGAAGCCCUUCACCUGGGAGUCCGGGCUCGCGGAGGAAGAACUUCAUGGUGGCGGAUGAGGAAGAAGCCUUUUCGGAGAGCGCCAUGCAUCGGCGGAUUUUGAAGGUCUGCUUCCUCAACACGAUCCAGCGCAGGCAUAUCAAGCAACACAUGAAGAACAUCGAAGUCUUCGAACAGGCCUUCGCGACCAUCAAAUCCUCUACGCAGAUCAGCGAUAUCGAGGAGAUUGUGAAGAUCUUUGUGAGUCUGGAACAGCGGAACUUCAGUUUGCUGACCUAUGUCAAUCAGCUGAACCGAGACAUUGAAGCAAUUCAGAUUCAGAACCACCAGCUGGAGGCGACGAUCAACUCUCGUAGCCCAGAGGGCCUCGCUGAAGCCGAGCGUGCCAAGGCCGCUGGACAACAGAAAGAAUCGCGAGAAAUCGCCGAGAUCAAGCAACAGAUUCAAAAAACCGAAGACGCGACCAGGGAGAAGGACCGAGAUGUUGACAAACUCUCGAACGACCUUCAACAGUGCAGACCUCUCAUUUGGAACAUCGUCAAGUUUCUGAAGGAGGAAAUCCCUGGCCUCGUGGAGCAGGGCUAUGAGGGCGAUAUGCCCUCCAUGAAGGUCUCAACCCCGGACGAGCAUGAUCAGACGGCUCAGCAUUUGAUGUACAUCGAGGAGGCCCUCAUGCUCUUCCGUGCCUGUUUGGGUGGCGCCGAUGCGCGGCAGACCGUGGUGCCGCCCAAGGCACCGGCGGGUGGCCAAAGGAAGCCAACUGACUUGCCGUCCAUGGCGCACUUCUCUCUGGCCACGAAUGCCACGCAGAUCGACGACGACGAUGAUGACGAUGAAGCUGGUAUUGACCAAGGGACUUGGAGCCGCAAUGAGCUACGCCAUAAGGCCAUUGAAAACAUCCGCCGGCGGCGAAAGAAGCAGCCAGGUAAGACGACCAUCGACAACCCGCGAUCAGACUUCGAGGGCGACGAGGGGAUGAAGAGAGAAGGAUCCUUACCAUCCAAGGAUACCAUUACUGGAGGUGAUGCUCAGUUCAGCAAAAGUCCCAGCCAGGCGGUCGCGAUGACAUGUGGUGGCGCGGGGCCGGCCGGGAACGCCGCUCCAAGUGACGCUACGCGGUUCCGCGGAAGAGCCGCGGUUCGGUGGACGUUUCGACGGGGCGACGGGGUGGCUGCGGACUGGUGCUUCGUUUGGUAGUUCUUUG